AAUGAGUGAAAUAAUGAGUGAAGUUUCAGGUAAAAAAAUUGUUCAUGAUAACUUCAUAUGUACCCCGGGGCAGAGUACUUUUCCAAAGAAUAGCAAAAAGAUUCUUGAUCCGUUGGUAGUGCGGAGAAAAGGUCAUCCUAUGACUAAGAGACUCAAGUCCAAUAUUGAAGAAAUUAUUACAAAAAAGCCAAAAAAGAAGAAGAAAUUGACCGAAACUGGAGAUGAAGAAGUUGGUUGUGAAGUUGAUAAUGAUUUACCAAAGAAAAAACGUACAAUGAAGGAAAAAACGAAAAAUCAAAAUGAGAACGUUUACCGUGGUACGGGUGAUACAAGUCAUAGCGGAUAUGCUAAUUUCCAGCCUCACUAUGGUGGAUUUCUUCCAAAUUAUCCUAUGCAACAUCAUUAGUUUCAUGUGCAAACUGGAGACAUGUUCCACCAAGUUUCUCCACAGCAAUAUGUAGGAUUUCAAGUGCAGAAAUCAUCACAAGUUGGCCGUCCUGAUGCAUCAUUGAAUCCCCCGAAUACACAGCCCUCCAAAGUCAACAAUUAGCUUUCCAUAGCCGGUUUGUCUAUUUUUGUUGUCCGGUAAAUUUUCAUCUGUGUUUUUCGUUAUUUGGUACAUUUGUUUGGAUUGUUUUAAUAAUUGGAGUAGUAUCUCAGUAAAAGAUAGGGACAUAUUUUAUGUGAGGCAUUUGUUUUGUUGGAGUUUUAGCCCAGUUAUGUUUCA